AUGUCAACUGAACCAAAUACUUUCGUUUCAAACCCGGCCUUAGAAGGCUACAAUGUCAUCAGAGAAACUUGGAAACGAUUCUAUAACCCAGAAAAGGGCACUUUUACCACCCCAAGACCAAAAGUAUCUGGUGUUUAUGGUGAUGAAGGUAAAUUUAAUGUUUGGUCAGUAGCUGUUGUUGCUCAAUCAAUCAUGGAUGGUGCUAAAAUUUAUCCUCAAGAAUUAGGUCCAUUAAUUGAUCCAACUGUUAAAGCUCUUUAUAAAUAUAGAUCUCCUCAAUAUUAUGGUUAUUGUGCUGUGGAAAAUUUCCAAGGUAAUGAAGAUAUUUAUUAUGAUGAUGAUGCUCAAGUUGCUUUUGCUUUAAUUGGUGCUUUUGAAAUCACUGGUAAUAAAGAAUAUUUAGAUAGAGCAAGAGAAUUGGUUCGUUAUUUAAUGGGUGGUUGGAAUAAAGAUUCUAAAGCUAAAAAUCAAGGUGGUGUUUUAUGGCAUCGUGAUAAACCUUAUAUUAGUGCAAUUUCAAAUUCUGAAUGUGCUCUUGCAGCUUUAAGAAUUGCAAGAUUAAUUCCAAAUGAAUCAAAAAUUUAUAUUGAUUUUGGUGCUAAGGCAAUUGAAUGGUUAAUUAAAUAUUUAUUAGAUGAUGAUUAUUUAGUCUUGGAUGGUAUUGAUAAAAAUUCUGAUGGUGCAAAUGGUAUGAAAUGGACUUAUAACACUGGUGUUGCAUUAAGUGCAGCUUCUCAUCUUUAUGAAUAUACUAAAGAUGAUAAAUGGAAACAUCAUGCAAAUGAAUUAGCUGCAGCUGCAACAAAUAAAAAUAAAUCAUUAUUUGAUAGAGAUUAUGGUGAAAUGGAUAGAAGAUAUUAUAGAGAUCCUUCUUAUUUUGUUCAAUUAUUAUUUGAAGGUUUUGCAGAUUAUUUAUUAUUAGUUGGUGAUAAAGUUCCAGAAUCUACAGGUAAUGCAAUUAGAACUCAAUUAAAACGUCAUUUAAUUUAUUUUAGAAAAUAUCUUUAUGAUUCAAAUGAUGGAUUAUAUUUUCAAAUGUUUCAAGCUUUCCAAAUUUCUGAAGAUAUUUAUAAAUUAUAUACUAAACAAUUUGGUUCUUCUAAAAAAUUUAGUCCAAAUAGUGAAGAAAGAGCUCAAGAAGGUAAUGGUUCAUUAGAAAGUAAACCUUUAGUUAAAACUUUGAUUGGUUCUGGUUCUGCUGCAAGAAUUUGGUUCCAAGCUGCAAGAGUUUUACCAGAAUUACAAGAUGAUUAA